AUGAACUGCUUUGUGUGUGAAUCACUGCGAGACCGCUACGAGGCGAGCGCAGAAGGGUGGCCAGACGACGCAAAGGAGAUUUCUGAGCGCUGGUAUAACUAUUUGCUCCUGAGGCAGUCAGAGGGCCGUACAAUCGUCCCUGAUAAGUAUGGUAUGCCGGUGAUGGCGCCGCUGGUGGUCAACUGGCCAGAUAAAGCGGCAGAUUUGCGUGAUGAGCUGCUUAAAGAAGCGUACGCGGCCGCAGCAGACUGGCGCACAGAACUGGAGAUCGAAAUUCUUUCGGACGAGGACAAAGAAAAAUUAAAGCUAACUAUGCGAUAUAUUUCACAGUUAAAAGCUUUGGAAACACGCGACAUAUCGGACCAGAGCGAUUAUGAUGCAAUACGCUGGCCUCAACCACCAGCGCUAGAUGGGCUUUUCCCCAUAGCUGAAAAACUCGCCGGCGAGGGCGAGGGCGCCACAGCUUAG